AUGUGGGCGGCGGAGUUCACCUGUGUCUUCAUACUUUUCGGUGUGACAGCCGGUGGUGGAGGCUGGGAGCCUCUGGGGCAGCCUUACUUCGAUAAUAGUACGAAACGUGAGGCCACGGCCGCAGUGGGACAGCCGGCCUAUCUACAUUGUAGAGUUCGGAACCUCGCUGACCGAGCGGUAUCGUGGAUACGUAAGCGGGACCUCCACAUACUUACAGUCGGGGUGCACACAUACAGCAGCGAUGCGCGGUUUGCUGCCCUUCACGCGGACGGCUCGGAUGAGUGGACCCUCCGGGUUUCACCUGCGCAGCCUCGCGAUUCCGGGGUCUACGAAUGUCAAGUGUCCACGGAGCCUAAAAUUAGCUUAUCUUUUCGUCUCACUGUUGUCGUGUCGAAAGCAGAAAUCCUAUCAGGACCAGAGCUAUUCGUCAGGGCGGGUUCGGACAUCAAUCUAACUUGCGUCGCGAAACACGCCCCGGAUCCGCCGAGCUUUAUCUACUGGUAUCGAGGCGAACAAGUUGUAAACUACGCUCAACGUGGAGGCAUCAGCGUGGAAACAGAACAACGAACGCGAACCAGCCGAUUGCUGAUAGCCCGCGCAGCUCCUCACGAUUCUGGCAACUACACCUGCGCUCCUAGUAGCUCUGAAUCAGCAUCAGUAAUCGUUCACGUGCUAAGCGGGGAGCGACCUGCGGCUAUGCAGAGUUCCAGUACAUUAUCAUCCAACCUGAACCCUCUCCUCUUAAGCAUAAUAUCCUCAUUUACUCUACAUCAGAACAUGUACACUAGCAACACACCCGAAAUCUUUUAUUACCUAACUAACUUCGCCACUUUAAGCUACAUUUUCUUGAGUCAAACUAUCUCUAUUUUUCUACGAAACACGUGCGGUUGUAUCCUCAAAAAUUCAAGAUGA